UUGCAAGUAUUGGUCACACUGCGCACGCAUUCAGCACGCGGCACGCUCUCAAGUUUGUUUAUAUUGUUUAUUUUGCAAGAAUUAUGUCCAGCGCAUUGAACAUUGUUAUGCCCGGCGAGCGCAUCACGGCUGUCGAGGAUGUGGCAAAGGGCAAGCGAAUCAUAUUGGGCCCUGGUCUGCGACGAGUCAACGACACAGUUGUGGCCAGCAAAGCAGGUCCACUGAAACACCGGGAACCAAACACAUACUGGGUGGACAACUAUCAGCGACGUUAUGUUCCGGCGCGAGGAGAUCUGAUCAUUGGCAUUGUCAAAGCCAAGUCUGGUGAUGUGUAUCGUGUGGAUAUUGGCUCCGCAGAUUCGGCUUCAAUUUCAUAUUUGGCAUUUGAGGCGGCCACAAAAAAAAAUCGUCCCGAUCUCAAUCCUGGUGAUUUGCUCUAUGCACGUGUUCUGAAUGCCAGUCCAGACAUUGAACCGGAAUUAGUGUGCGUCAAUUCCAAUGGGAAGCGCGGCAAGCUGGGAUUACUGCAGGAUGGUUUCUUCUUCAAGUGCAGCCUUAAUUUGGGACGUUUGCUGCUGCGCGAGAAUUGUCCAGCCCUGAAAGCGCUCACCGAAAAACUGCCCUACGAAAUUGCCGUUGGCGUUAACGGUCGCAUCUGGGUGAAAGCUCACUCGGCAGCCGAAACUGUGGGACUGGCGAAUGCCAUUUUGUCAUUGGAACAGGCGGGACACUCUGAGAUCGACAAAGUGUGUGAUAAUCUUGGAGAUGUGUUGCAGGCAUAGUGAAUAAACGACGCUUUAAUAGUUACUAACCUUUUCAAG